AUGAGAAGAUCCGGUUCAGGAACAGAGGAAGAACCGGAAAAGGACGACUACAUCCAAGAACCGGCCCAAGGGCACAACGGGCAGCGCGAGGGCCCCAAUGCCGCCACCUCGCCCUCUAAUGGUGCCCGGGGAGCCCAAGGCAGCGCCGCCACUGCAACGCCCCUCGAGCGACCUCACGCCGGAGGCGUCCCCGAUGGACCGAGCUCCGUCGCGGCGCGGCUCGACCGGAAGGGCAAGCAGCUCGCCCCCUUCUACUCUGCUCCGAGCUCCGCGGGCAGCAGCCCCGAGGAAGACGACGACGCGUUCUUCGGAACCGGGACGUCAAGCUCCAAGGCUGAAAGAGGUUCGUUCGACUGCAAGCUGGUGUUCAACCGGCUGGUACAAGAGCAGGCGGCUAUCAAGGAGGACGAGGGACCGGGAAAGAAGGAGAAGAAGCCGAAGGAGGAGCAGGUGAAAUCGCCGCUCGGUAAAGAGGCGCCCUGGAGCAAUGUCGAGAAGAUAUUUCCUAGAGAAGGAAGUCAGAUGUAUUCGGAAGAUGUGAAUCACCAGACACAUUCCAUCACUGAAGUCAGGAAUUAUUAUCUUCAUCCCGAUUUGGUUACUGAACAAGGAGUGGCUCCUCGAACUGUAAUAAACCGUCUUGAUGCCUAUUCAGAAUUUAGACCGGUGACUGGAGAUGGGGAGUGUUUCUACAGGAGCUUCAUAUCUUCCUACCUUGAGCAAGUUCUUGAUAGGCAGGACACACACACGGUCCAUCUCCUUGAUGCUGUUAAAAGAAUGUCUAUGCAGAAAUUAAAUUUUGGAUGGACCUCUGAGUUUUGUAGGAGCUACAGAAUGUAUGAAGGUGCCAGACCACUCAUGCUUGAGCUUGCAGGCAUGACCGCAACAGAUUCUGAAAUUUGGGACCUCACAGGAAGUGACGGCGUAGCCUCAUACAUUCUCUAUGCUGGCCGUGGGGAUUCAAGGCGUACACAAAGAGAGGAGCCCAAGUGGCGGAACAACACUAUGUACAGGAUGCUGAGCCAACUUCUUACUUCCUCUUUUACAUCCCUUUGGAGAAUGUCAUGUGCAUUAUUGCCAAGAAGGGUAUCAGCAAUUUUGAGACUCUACUUGCCCCAGUCAGCUAUCCCAAGCCAACACACAUGGCGCAGUAUCCUUGGUGCUCCAAUUCAUCAGACCACUGCUGGUACGUGCUCAAUAUGUGCCAUAACCGUCGGCAUCGAGUCCGUGCACAGAAUGACGUAUGAAUGGAUUCAUGGGCCUCAGACAUUCCCUCUUAGAGUUUCUUAUCCCAGUGAUUUGACAAGAGCAUGUCGAAGAUUGACUAUAUUGACCAAACAUGGUUCCUAUGUUGAGGAUGUUCUCAAUCAAGUAAUAAAGCAGGGUGGUGUGCUCACCACAAGUAAUCCAAGAAGAUAUACCCUUGCGGUCCAAAGAUAUGAAAUCUUCUUCAAGAGUGAAAUCAAUUCCAGCAGCACACCAGGAAGGUAUUUUGCCCAACUUAUGUUCACCUGAGGGCCUUGCAUUGCCACACUGUGGGUGGAAUCAGCAUACUUUGAUAUGAAAAACUAUGAGGUUGAUGAAGACGAUGAUCAAGUGUACAGAGGCGCAAGUGAACUUCGCAAGUUGAGACCGGACAUCAACACUGGCCUCCAUGCAGUUAUUUGCUAUGCAUACAAGCACGUGGGCCAGGAACUGCAUGUUCGAGUCUUAGAUAACCAAGACAAGACUGGUCCACGUAGAUGGGUUCUCCUCAAAGCUUUCGAGAAAUUUUUCUUCUUAUCAGUUCAGGAACUUGGUAUCCCCCCGGACGUCCUUCGCGGUGUAAAAGAGAGAUAGGUGUGUUCUGUACAUAUAAAUAUACACUGCUUAUAGGUGUGUUCUGUAUAUUUUUCUUCUUAUCUUGGAUAGCAUGGAAGUAAACUUUGCACCGUAGCUACUGAUUCUGGAGGUGUAUGUUUUGUGUCACCCUGAAUCUGAAUGCAUUGCUUGAUGUGUUAUGAUGCUUCAAUUCAUUGAAGUCUUCUCUGCCUGGGUAUAUUGCAGGCCAGAUAUGAAUACAUGCAGACUACUCCCUCCGUUUUUAAAUAUAAGUCUUUUUAGAGAUUCUAAUAUAGACUACAUACGGAGCAAAAUGAGUGAAUCUACACUCUAAACUACG